UGUUAUCGAUGUAAUCACGUUUGCCAGCUGGACGCGUUAGUGUGUUUCCGUUUAUUCUUCCAAAGUUUGUUAUUGCGGAGUUUCCUAUUUAUAUAAUAGAAAUUAAAUACAAUGGAGAAGCUAGCGUCGGCCAAAUCGUGUCUUAAACUGUUGCAGGUUAUGCCCGGCGUGCAGCAGGCGGCACUUCUUCCUGGUGGUGGACUGGGCGUACUCGCUUCUCCACUCCAGAAUCUGAUCCAGAUGCAGCAGGUACGCCACCGACAGACCAAGCACUGGAGGCCCGAGUUCAAGCGCCUGCGUAAGUUUAAGUUCGUGAAGAUGGAUCUGCCCAAUCUGCGCGAGAAACCGGAGGACAUCACCAAGGAGGAGAUGCGCAGCCGGAUGAAGGAGCGAGGUGUCUUGCCGCCACGUCCCUGGAUGGAGCGUCCUUUCCACAUAAGCUGCACGGGCGGCAUCUUUGAGGCUUAUGUCCCUCCCGAAGGCGACGGCAAGAAGUCUAUUAUUUCAACAUCGGGUGCCAAGCAGAAGUUCGAGUUUCUGGAGAAGAAGUCCAAGAGCCUGAUGGCCGUGCGCAAGAUUCGUUCCUACGACGAAAAUUUUAGAUCUGAUGAUUUCGGCGCCGAGGCCCAGGAUAUAUACAUACAGGCGCACACUCACAUGGCCGCCAAGGACAAGUACAAGAUUCGCGAGUUCGUCAGCGAACGCUGUUAUCCGGAGAUGAUGCACAACGUCAAGGACAAGACCAUUCGUUGGAAGUUCCUGCAGUCGCUAGAGCCACCGCGCGUUGUCCAUGCCCGCGUGACGGAGGUGAUCACCAAGGAGAACCAGUUCGCUCAAGUCACCGUGCGCUUCCACAGCCAACAGAUGUUAGCCAUCUACGACCGCUUCGGUCGCCUGAUGCACGGCAGCGAGAUCAUCACCAAGGACGUGCUGGAAUAUGUGGUGUUUGAGAAGCACAUUUCGAACGAGUAUGGCAAAUGGCGGCUGCACGACAAGAUCAUCCCCGACUGGUUGCCGGCCAAGCAGCCCGCCCCCAUCACUUAUCGUCUCAUCGAGGAUGCAGAGGAGCCACCCAAGGAACUGAGUGCCGGGGAUGCCGAGGUCAAACAGGUGGACUCAGUCAGCGAACAACCCAAGGAGCAACUGCAACUGGCCACCCCGGUGGAGAGCCAUACCAAGCCGUCCUUGUCCAUUUGAUUGUACUUUUUGUGGGCCGCCUGGCGGCUCAGAAGAAUGCGUGUUAACAUUGCCUAAUGCUUUUUGAGUCGCCACUUGGUUAAAUUAUAAUUUUUCAAACUGUUA